AUGGAGGGGAGUUCGCUUGCAUGUCCCGCUUGCGGCUCACAGGACGGGCGAGAGUUGGUCGCGGCGAGCUUCAGCGACAUCUGCGUUGCCUGCGGCCACGUUUUUGAAGCCGACUUCUCCUAUCAGCCGAGCUUCGAUGAGGUGGACCAGUACGGCACCGGCGUUCGCUUGAGCACGAGCCGAACACACGCCGUACCCUCGACUUUUCGCGUAGGGCGCAGAGGGCAUCACGUGGCCGGAACAGCCACUACAAGCCCGGAGGAAAGAAAGCAUCAGCGAGACUUUAGACAGCGAGCUGAGCUUGCAAAGCAGGUCUUGGGAACCUUGGAGGGCAUCGAUCCAGCACUGUCCCGCUAUGCAGACGAAGUGAUGGCCCUUUUCGAUCUGUGCCGCUCCAGGACGUCGUCCGACCAGCUUCGUAAGACUGGCGCACGAGCGGAAAGCUCUGCGCAUGUUCUCAGGGAGGAACGCUCCGGCGAGCGACUGAUUUGGGGCACGCAGAGCAGCGCAGUGGCAGCUGUGCUCACUCAGCUUGUUUUGGCUCUUCGUGGUCGCUUUUACUCGGCUGAGACCUUAGGCGAAAUCAUCCACAGCACAGGGAUAUCCACAUCGGGAGCGGCAAAGCGAGUACGCCUGCUUCUAGCGGGACACGCGGUACUGCGAGGGUUCAAAUUGUCGUACGUAAUCCCUCGUGUCCAGCACUACGUGCAUGUUCUCGAGCAAGUGACCCGACUCGAAGUUGGUCUGAACGAAUUUACAGAAAAGUCUCGACAAGCCGUAGAGUAUCUGCGUGCCCUCCAUCGAAAGAAGGCGUGGAAUACGGUCAUCACUCUUGCGCAUCGCUUGCUAGUAGCGUUCAUCGACGAGCCUGCUUUCAGUGUGCCCGUGCGGAACAAAGGUCUCUUUGCUUAUGCUGUUUUCAUAGCCGCCACAGAGGGCGCGCUCCGUACCGUCUCACCACUCAAUUCGCUUAUUUCUCUGUACCACCUCACCGAAGACAGCUCGCCGGCACCUGGAGUUGGUGAGCAAAGCCCCGAUCUUUUGCGUGCAAUCCACGCUUUGCAGGGUGCUGGAGCGCGACACGAUGGCGUCAAAGCCCAUUAUCGCGCCAUCAUUCAGCUCGUCUCACCCUUGGCAGUGCAGCUACCCUGGUACAACGAAGGGUGGUCGAGCGCCGCGAUCGAUGCCUGCAGGUGGAGAAGCAACGCCGGCGCCCGCGCGACCGCACCUCAAACAACUAAGCCAGCACGCAGAAAACGACACGCUGCACACGAUGAAGCAGGAUCUCGUCGAGCUUUCGCCGCUUACCUUGGUGAUGUCGUCGACUUUCGCGAAAUGGUCGAGAGUACAGCGUCACAGUCGAGUCUCUCAGACAUCGUCAGCGACGUGGCCUUAUGCGGAAUGCCGCUGUCUGGCAGGGAGAAGGACGUUUGGAACGGGGGAGAAGCAGACGAGGCCCAGGUCGAUCCACCUCCCCCAGAUGUCUUGGAAGCUCAGGCAGCCCCUGGAGCUGUUCCGGGCAGCGAAGGCGCACGGAAAAGCUACGAGACCCGCUCGAUUUCGACAGGCAGUCGCGCCGCACUGUUGCUUGAUUCGAAAGGACAAGCCAGCCUGAUUAGCAGCCCGCAGCGAUCUGCAUCAUUGAAGUUGCACACGGAUUCUAGCACUUGCACAAACAUCUGCAAGCUGAAAAACGCCUUGGCAGCGCUUGAAAGCUCUGACCGCGAGACUGGCACAACCACGCCAUCUGCUCGGCGUACGGCCCUUCCACAAUCCCUCUUGACUUUGACAGCACUUCAAAGCCUAGACGAGGAAAGUGUUGAUGCCCUGCUCUUCGAUGAAGGAGAAAUGGAUAGCUACAUCCGCAAUGCGGGCGAAAGACAAGUAUACGAACAUCAGGAUUGGUCGACUGAUAGAUUCAAAGCUUUUAAGGUCGACAGCAGCGACAAGGACGAAGUCGAACAGAAGGAUGCGCCGAUUUUGAAGAGCACGCGCAAGAGAAUCGCGCCGACGCGCGACGAGCAGAGCCACGCAUCACUGCGACGUCCCCGUGGUCUCACCAGAACGAAAGCUAAACGCUUAGAUGACAUGACCUUGGACGCCAGCUUCUGGUCAGCCCCAAAGGGUUGA